CGGGGGGGGCAGCGGACCCCCUCCCGCCGGGGGAGGGGGGCUCCGCCUCGCCGCCCUCAUCGCCCCGCCGGCGGGAAGGCGCGCGCGCCGCGAGCGGAGGGAGAGCCCAGCGGAGCCCGUCCCGAAAAAAUGUGAAAGCAUUUGCAUCUUCAGAUAGCCUAGCCAAGGUCCAAGAAGUAGCAAGCUGGCUUUUGGAAAUGAAUCAGGAACUGCUCUCUGUGGGCAGCAAGAGGCGACGAACUGGUGGAUCUCUUCGAGGUAAUGCUUCCUCAAGCCAAGUAGAUGAGGAGCAGAUGAAUCGGGUGGUGGAAGAGGAGGAGCAGCAGCAAAGACGACAACAAGAGGAGCAGCACAUUGGGAGGAAUGGGGAGAUAGGAGCAGAAGAACCUGGAUUUGAUGACAGGCAUGAGUCUCAGCAGGAGCAGUUAGAAGAAAAUAAUAAUAGACUUAUUACAGUGGAUGAGGAUUCUACUUGUAACCAAGAGGAAGAUGAUGAUGAACAUGCUGGUGACCAAGAGGAGGAGGUGGAAGAGGAGGAGGAAAUGGACCAGGACAGUGAUGAUUUUGAUCAGUCUGAUGACAGCAGUAGAGAAGAUGAACAUGCUAACAGUAAUAGUGUCACAAAUUCCAAUAGCCUCAUGGACUUGCCCAUUCACCAGUCAUCACCAUUCUACGUGAAGACAAAGAUGAAGAGAAAGUUGGACCAUGGCUCCGAGGUCCGUUCUUUCUCUCUGGGAAAGAAACCCUGCAAAGUCUCAGAAUACACAAGUACCACAGGGCUGGUGCCAUGUUCCGCCACGCCGACGACGUUUGGGGACCUGCGGGCAGCCAACGGCCAGGGGCAGCAGCGGCGCCGCAUCACAUCCGUGCAGCCACCCUCCGGCCUCCAGGAAUGGCUGAAGAUGUUCCAGAGCUGGAGCGGACCAGAGAAGUUGCUUGCUUUAGAUGAACUCAUUGAUAGUUGUGAACCAACACAAGUAAAACACAUGAUGCAAGUGAUAGAGCCCCAGUUUCAAAGAGACUUCAUUUCCUUGCUCCCAAAAGAGCUGGCACUGUAUGUGCUGUCAUUCCUGGAACCCAGGGACCUUCUGCAGGCAGCCCAGACAUGUCGUUACUGGAGAAUUCUGGCUGAAGAUAAUCUUCUCUGGAGAGAGAAAUGCAAAGAGGAAGGGAUUGAUGAACCAUUGCAUAUCAAGAGGAGGAAAGUAAUAAAACCAGGCUUUAUACACAGUCCAUGGAAAAGCGCCUACAUCAGACAGCACAGGAUUGAUACCAACUGGCGGCGAGGAGAGCUGAAAUCGCCCAAGGUGCUCAAGGGCCACGAUGACCACGUGAUCACGUGCCUGCAGUUCUGCGGGAACCGCAUUGUGAGCGGCUCCGACGACAACACGCUCAAAGUGUGGUCAGCAGUGACAGGCAAGUGUUUGAGAACACUGGUUGGGCACACAGGAGGAGUGUGGUCAUCACAGAUGAGGGACAAUAUCAUCAUCAGUGGCUCCACAGACAGAACGUUGAAAGUCUGGAACGCUGAGACCGGGGAGUGCAUCCACACCCUGUACGGGCACACCUCCACCGUGCGCUGCAUGCAUCUCCACGAGAAAAGGGUGGUCAGUGGCUCUCGAGACGCGACGCUGCGAGUGUGGGACAUAGAGACGGGCCAGUGCUUGCAUGUCCUGAUGGGCCACGUCGCCGCUGUUCGGUGCGUUCAGUAUGAUGGCAGAAGGGUUGUAAGUGGUGCAUAUGAUUUUAUGGUCAAAGUGUGGGAUCCAGAGACAGAGACCUGUCUGCACACACUGCAAGGGCAUACUAACAGAGUCUACUCAUUACAGUUUGAUGGUAUCCAUGUGGUGAGUGGAUCUCUUGACACUUCCAUCCGAGUUUGGGAUGUGGAGACAGGCAACUGCAUUCACACUCUGACAGGCCACCAGUCACUCACAAGCGGAAUGGAACUCAAGGACAAUAUACUUGUGUCUGGGAAUGCUGAUUCUACAGUCAAAAUCUGGGACAUUAAAACAGGACAAUGUUUACAGACAUUGCAAGGUCCCAACAAGCAUCAGAGUGCUGUGACCUGUUUACAGUUCAACAAGAACUUUGUAAUUACCAGCUCAGAUGAUGGGACUGUAAAACUUUGGGACUUGAAAACGGGUGAAUUUAUCCGAAAUCUAGUCACAUUGGAGAGCGGGGGAAGCGGAGGCGUCGUGUGGCGAAUCAGAGCUUCCAACACAAAGCUGGUGUGUGCAGUCGGGAGCCGCAAUGGGACUGAGGAAACAAAGCUGCUGGUGUUGGACUUUGACGUCGAUAUGAAGUGAAGGGCAGAAAGAUGAAUUUGUCCAAACGUGUAGACGAUGUUCUCCUUUCCCUCCCCCCUGAAAAAAAAAGAAAAAAGAAAAAAAAGAAAAAGGAAAAAAAUCCCUUGUCCUUGGUGGUGCAGGAUGUUGCCUUGGGGCAACAGAUCCUAAAGACCUACAGACUACGAAGGAGAAGACAAAGAUGACAAACUAUAACUGACAAGAGAGGCUUUUGCUGUCUCGUCACAUAAAAAGGCUACACUUUUGACCGGGGCAGCUUUGCAAAAAUCCAACUUUAGAAAUGAAACCAGGUGCAAUUAAUUUCUUUACUUUCCUCCAAAUGCUCCCUGAGCAAUUUGGAGUGGAAAAAAAAAAAAAAGUUACAGUUCUUGUUAACAGGUUAUUUUACCACAAAGAUCUUGAACCGAGCUGCACAGGCGAGCCUGCUCGUGCACCCUGGGUCACCGUGGGUCCCAGCAGCCCCUCCGAGCAACGCGCUGUCCCCAGCCCCGCUCCGAGCAGGGGGUUGGACCGGACUCCCUCCAAGGUCCCUUCCAACCUCCACGAGCAGUCACUGGUUGACUUUCAAAAACUAGAGAGCAUCUGCAAUGAGAAAAAACAAACAAAAACAAAGAGUCCAUUCCUGGUGUG